AUGGCCACAGAAAUCAAGGUUGAAAUCAUCCAGAGGCAAACAGUUAAACCAUCCUCCCCAACUCCUCAUCACCUUAGAAAUUAUAAGCUCUCUAUUUUGGAUCAGAUGGCCCUUCAAACCUACAUCCCAAUCCUUCUCUUCUAUCCCAAUGCCGCUGAUGCUACUAGCAACAAUGCCAUGGCCACCAAUGAAAGAUGUCAGCAUCUAAUGCAAUCCUUAGCUAAAACUCUCACUCACUUCUAUCCUUCGGCAGGAAGAAUCAAAGGUGACGCCGUGAUUGAAUGUAACGAUGAUGGAGCUGAGUUUGUGGAAGCCCGAGUCAAGUGUUCCUUAUCAGAGAUUUUCGAACACCCAGAUGCUGAGAUGUUAAGACGAUUCCUACCAGUUGAACCCGAGUCUAGAGAAGCGGGCACCGGCACGUUGCUUCUUGUUCAAGUCAACUUGUUUGAGUGUGGUGGAAUGGCAAUUGGGUUUAGCAUUUCUCAUAAGUUUGGUGAUGCCACAACAUUAAGCACAUUCAUCAAUUGUUGGACUGCAGCUGCCCAUGAUCAGUCAAAUAUGUUAAAGCUUCCCAAAUUUGGUGCUGCAUCUCUGUUUUCUCCACUAAAUUUCUCUAACUCAGAGCCACUGCCAUCCGUGAAAGUCGAUAAGGAAAAGUUCAUAACAAGGAGGUUUGUGUUUGAUGCCUCAAAGAUUGCUGCUCUCCAAUCUAAGGUAACCAGCUCAGUUGUGCCCAAACCAACAAGAGUAGAAGCAGCUUCAGCACUCAUUUGGAAAUGCAAAAUUGAAGCAUCAUCCCGAUCAUCAUCAAACACGUUGGGGACUAGCCUAAUAAGGCCAUCAGUCUUCUCUCACACUGUGAACAUGCGUAAAAUGGCAGUGCCACCCUUGCCAGAAAACUUAGUUGGGAAUCUAGUAGAUUUUUCGACAACCAACUAUUCUCACUCUGGAGAGAAUUCCACACUGAUAGAUUUGAAAGGCUUGGUGGCAAAAAUCAGGGGAGGACUUGAAGAAACAAAAGAACGUCAUGCUGCAGUAGUAGUAUUUGAUUCUAACGAAGCAUGGCAAAACAUGAAAUGGUACAUAAACCUGAUGAAAAAUGAUGACAUAGACAAGUUUAUCUGCUCAAGUUGGUGUAGGUUUCCAUUUUAUGAAGCCGAUUUUGGAUGGGGAAAGCCAUCAUGGGUGAGCUACGUUGCUGUUGCAAUUAACAAUGUAACUGUUUUGAUGGACAAAAGAGAUGGCAAUGGAAUAGAAGCAUGGGUGACUCUGAGCCAAGAGAACAUGGCCUUAUUUGAAAGCAACAAGGAGCUGCUUGAAUAUGCUUCUCUGAACCCUGGGGUCACCAACUGAUAAGAGAGCUGGCCAAUAGUACGUACCGUCCUCCUCUGACAUGGUUGUGAUAUCAAUAAAAUGGUAGGCUAGCUUUUGAUAGCUUGCUUGUUUUCUAGCUCAAUAAAACAGUAGA